GACCCACGAGCUCACUUUCCUCCGCCGAGCAGACAAGUUGGUUCCACAUUUUUUAAUGUGAAACAAAACUUGCAUCUUGUUUUUGUUUUUUUACCCCUGACAUUGCCAUCAAUAUGGAAAUGAACGGGAGCGCCGACAGAGAAAAUGUAGGGGAGGUCCCCCAUACAGGUGUCUGGCACGGUGGCAGCCCCUCUGCUCUCCUGAACAUGAACCACUAUGCCAAUAAGAAGAGUGCAGCAGAGAGCAUGCUGGACGUAGCCCUGCUCAUGGCCAACGCUUCCCAGCUGAAGGCUGUCCUGGAGCAGGGGCCAGACUUCUCCUUGUACACUCCCCUCAUCACUCUCAUCAGCAUCUCCCUCAGCCUGCAGGUCACUGUGGGGGUCCUCCUCAUCUUCAUCGUGCGGUGGAACCUGAAUGACCAAAGUAAACACUUCAGGCUGAAUGUAAUGGAGAACCUGGCCACAGGCCUCGUCUUCGUCAUCGUAGUAGUCAACGUCUUCAUCACUGCCUUUGGAGUACAGAAACCCAAUCAGAAAGCCUGACCAGGACACAGAAACGCAUCACCACCCCCUUAGCUUCCAUUGCUAACCAUGGAAUCACACAGACAGACCAUGAUCCAGAUAGUGACACACAAAUCCACUCUAGCCAGGACAAUAGACAGAUCUAUAAACAUUUUGUAUAUCUAUUGCUCUCAUGCACUGUAUCUGGCUCUAACUCAGUGUAAUACCCCUGAGUUGGUUGGAGUCUGGAAUGAAAAGAACUUCUGAAGGAUUUCAAAUUCAGAUGCGCAUCAUCAUCAUCAUCAUGGCUGCAGAUCAUUCUAAGUGGGACUAAUAGCUGUCUGUUGGGGCUGGGAGUACUGGGAUUCAAACAGAACAAUCACUCGAGUGACACCCUCCCCACUCCCUCACCCCUCCGAUCCGCCACUCACCCUCCUCCCCAUCUGCUCUUUGAUCUGGGUCUCCCUACAGACAGAAACAGAUAUGGAAACACACAGCUCACUGAAGCAAAGCUGCUGAGAAUAGACACCAGGAAUCUGACUGCCACAGAGAAUCAUCAUCUACCAGACGUCACUCAUCAUCUAUCUUACUGUAACCAGUAAGGGUACUAGAGGAGAUUCCAUAGAGAAAUACACAUGUUCACUUGAACUGCAGAAUAGUAACCACACCUGUCCGGAAGUGUAAAGCUGCUAUGGCACUUGUGAUCAUCUUCAUAGCAGCUCAUUUCAUCAUCCUCUUAUCUGGCCUGCAGAGGUCUCUGGGCUAGGUCAGGAGUGCCCUCUAGUGGUAUUUUUGGUGCUAUUGCAAUGAUGUGAGAUCUUUGUAUUACAUUGUCAGGUUACCACUCUCACAGAUACGUCCUGCUCUGGUAAUAAACGAACAUCCAAAAAGCAUCAUACUGCCUGAAGAAGUGCUGCUGGCUUCUGUAAUGUGUAAGUGUGUUAUUUGUGUAAACCAAUCAUAUUUUUGUGUGAGGUUUUGUAUUGUUUCCCACCCCUGAUUUACUCCUAAACAAGUCACACCAAAAUGAAAUGUUAAAAAGGACAGCUGUUACUAACACGAGCAAUGAAAUGUUAAAAAGGACAGCUGUUACUAACAUUAGCAAUGUUUUAGCAUGUGUGUACAGGUAUGUGCACUAGUCUAUUCUUGUUUUUUUCCCAGAACAUUCUACAUUCCUAAUUAUGAAAUGUAUUUUUCUUAAAUAGAAUAGUUAUUCUUUAUUUGUCCUAUUUCACACAUGUACAUGUGUGUAUUAGUAUGCAUGUGUGAAUUGGAUAUGUUUUUUUUUGCAUUUCCCACUCUCCCCGAGACAUCCCGGAGAGUGGGGUCACAGAAUUUGCCUGGUCUUUGCUUCAA